UUUUUUAUUCUUUACAAGUUAGCCCUUGAUUACAAUCUCACCUUAUGGUAAAUGAUGAUGCAGUCUAAGAUGGAAGCGGGCUAACUUGUUAGGAGGAGCAUGAAAAUCCACACCCCUGUCGGUUUCUACACGGCAUCGUACCGGAACGCUAAAUCGCUUGGCGGUACGUCUUUGCCGGUAGGGUGGUAACUAGCCACGGCCGAAGUCUCCCACCAGCCAGACCUGAGCAAAUUAAGAUAAUCUCAAUCUGCCCAGCCGGGGAUCGAACCCAGGACCUCCGUCUUGUAAAUCCACCGCGCAUACCACUGCGCUACGGAGGCCGUCUCAUUUAACAUUAUCACCCUAAACCCGCCAACCCGCUGUUAAGCAGCGUGAUGGGUCUAAACUCUAUAUCCCCUCUUCUAUAAGGACGGAGGCCCUGCAGUGAAAAAAUCUUAAAAAAAAUAAACAUAUUAUUAUAGCAUGUGUUUUAUAGUUAUAAACAAUGAUAAUUUUAUACUAUAGAUCGGUUACGUUCCUACAAAAUCACCGCUAAAACUGAUCCGAAUAAUAGGCUACAACACUGAGCGCACAAAUAUAUUAAUGAAUAUAUAGUUUUUAUAUUUUCUAAAGCCGUGAUAGCCCAGUGGAAAUGACCUCUGCCUCCAAUUCCGGAGGGUGUGGGUUCGAAUCUGGUCCGGGACGUGCAUCUCCAACUUUUCAGUUGUGUGCAUUUUAAGAAAUUAAAUAUCACGAGUCUCUAACGGUGAAGGAAAACAUCGUGAGGAAACCUGCAUACCAGAGAAUUUUCUUAAUUCUCUACGUGUGUGAAGUCUGCCAAUCCGCAUUGGGCCGCAGCGUGGUGGACUAUUAGCCUAACCCCUCUCAUUCUGAGAGGAGACUCGAGCUCAGCAGUGAGCCGAAUAUGGGUUGAUAACGACGAUAUUUUCUGAACACAACUCGUCAUUGCAGACGAUAUUUAGGUAUUAUUUGUUUAAAUAACGUUCGUUGUUGACCACAACUAACAUUGACCAGAUGAGCGCCUCAUUUUUAAUGACCUAGUAACACAUCUAACAGCAUUUAACAUCAUUGUUUAUAAAAUUAACUUUCCAAUUUUUCAGUGUAUACGUUACUAACGAAGGAAUAUUUAUUUUAUUACUACAUACAAAGCCUAGCGCAAAGUAAUAAAAUCUAUACUAAUAGUAUAAAGCUGAAGAGUUCGUUUGUUUGUUUGAUUCAACGCUCUAAUCUCAGGAACUACUGGACCGAUUUGAAAAAUUCUUUCAGUGUAAGAUAGCCCAUUUAUCGAGGAAGGCUAUAGGCUAUAUAUUAUCCUCCUAUUCCUACGGGAACGGGAACCACGCGGGUGAAACCGCGCGGCGCCAGCUAGUAAUUCCAUAUCAUUGUAAACCCUACUCUAACAAGCAAUUAGUGAACGCUGGGCACCAAUAAUAAAAAUAAACUGCUUAAAACCCAACUAAGACUGAAAUUGAAAUCGAAAUAAAUAUGAUAGUUAUUUUAGUAACGCAGGCUACGUUAAUAGCACUUUAAAAAUUGUAUUAAAAUAAUCACAUCAAGAAAAUGGUUCGAACAAUAUUCAACAAGAUUAUUGCAUGUCUGAUAUUCGUUUCAAUUUACACAGUUGUAGCAUUCGAACCUCCAACAAAAGAAGAACAGAUAGACAAAAUCAACAAAAUGAAUCAAGAAGUGGAACCAUUUAGAAGGAAUUUAACAGAAUGCGCCCGUCAAGUCAAAGCUUCAAUGGUGGACGUCGAAAACUUCUUAAAAAGAAUACCACAAUCAACCAUGCAAGGUAAAUGCUUUGUCGCGUGCAUUUUGAAACGAAAUAAUAUAAUAAAGAACAAUAAGAUAUCAGAAGCGAAUCUUCUAGAAGUUAACAGAGCGGUUUAUGGAGAAGAUGAAGAAGUUAUGUCUCGAUUGAAAUCUGCUAUUAACGAGUGCUUUAGGGCGGUGGAAACGAUUUUUGAAAUUUGCGAGUACGCGUCAGUUUUCAACGAUUGUAUGCAUAUGAAAAUGGAACAUAUUCUUGAUAAGGUGACAAUGGAGAGAAGGAUGGAAGCUCUGGGCCAAAUGACUUCUGACCCCGAUAUCUGGAGUGACGACGAAGACGAACUUCUGAAGUUGGUCAAAGACGAAUUGUAGUUCGUCUGUUCAAUGUUUUUUAUGGAAAUUUUUGUGAAUAAAUUUUACUUAGACAAAAUAUUAAACUCCGCGCCACGAAACAAGUUCCGUAGACGCGGCGCUAAUGUCAUAUUGGCGCUCACUGUCAUUUAAUAAUGGCGACUAAAUUGUCAUUUGUCUAUGGUGCUGUCAAUUUUAGUUCAGUUGUUUGCCGCGGGACUUCGUGGCGCGGAGUCUAGAUACAUAUUUUUGUAACAAUGUGUUACCAACAUAUACAACAAAUAAAAAUACCUUAAAAUGCUUGCUUUGCCCAUAAGUAUGCCACAGUAUAAAUAUCCAUUUUAAACGAGGUAUUUUUAGGGCACGACCCUCGCCUUCGGGUCGUGCCCUAAAAAUACCUCGUUUAAAAUGGGUUUUUUUAGGCCCUUGUAUAAUAAUCUACUAUUAUUGUACGACUUUGUUUACAUUUAUAUAUUACAUAUUCAUGCUAAUUUACAGCUUUCUAGUAUUAAUAGUCACUGCGCUAAACUGCGGACGGACGGACGGACAGACGGACAUGACGAAUAUAUAUAUAUAUAUAUAUAUAAAUAUAUUGUAAAUUAUGCUUUUAGAAUACAAAAUGUUAAACAAACUUAAUAAAAAUUGUUUUUAUUAAAAAUUUGAUAAAAUUAAAGUUUAAAUACUUUCAAAUGAAACGUUACUCCAUCUUUUACUAAACUAUAAGUUUUUGGCCGUUUUUUAUGCCAUUUAACUACACAAACCGGCAUUUUUAGGGUGCUCCUUACACGACGAAAACGAUUACAACAAUGAAACAUCGAUUCUGUAGCAACAGUUUUUAUAAACGCAUUAUAGUCUAUUUUUUUAAAGCAGAGACUGAAAUGACAAUUGGAAACGUAAAACUUAAAAAUAAUGUGACCAGCAUAUAAAGAACG